GAGGAAGCAGAAGUUCGACUGAGAGGAAAUGCUGAACUCGUCAUAAACACAAUAACAUUCAGCCGAAGAGAAAAGCCACAGAGAAAGAAGAGCUUUGGGAUUACUUCACCUAGUUUAUCGUCACUCGCAGAUAAAAUGUCCUCUGGGAUACAGGAAGAGCUCUCCUGCCCCGUCUGCCGGGACAUAUUCAGAGACCCUGUUGUUCUGUCGUGCAGCCACAGCUUUUGUAGAAACUGCCUGAAAAGAUGGUGGAGAGGGAAAGAAAUACGCCAGUGUCCCGUUUGUAAGAGUGCAUCCAGAAAGAAACACCCACCCUGUAACCUGGUCUUAAAGAACCUGUGUGAGAACUUCUUACUGGAGACCGAUCAGAGAGCUUCAGCAGGCUCUGAGGCUCUCUGCAGUCUGCACCGUGAGAAACUCAAACUCUUCUGUCUGGACCAUCAGGAGCCGGCGUGUCUCAUCUGCAGAGACUCAAAAACACACACCGACCACAGGUUCAGACCCAUCGACGAGGCUGCACAGGAUCGCAGACAGGAGCUCCAAACAUCCCUGAAACCAUUACAGGAGAAACUGAACAGCUUUGAGCGAGUGAAGGGAAACUUGGUUCAAACAGCAGAACACAUUAAGAACCAGGCCCUUCACACAGAGAGGCAGAUUAAGGAGCAGUUUAAGAAGCUUCACCAGUUUCUGCAAGAGGAAGAGGACAACAGGAUCGCUGCUCUGAGGGAGGAAGAGGAGGAAAAGAGUGCGAGUAUGACUAGGAUGAUUGUGGCUCUGAGCAGAGAGAUGGCAACUCUCUCAGAAGCAAUCAGAGCUGCAGAGGAGGAGCUGAGAGCUGAAGAUGUGUCUUUCCUCCAGGACUACAAGGCCGCAGUGAGCAGAGUCCAGCAGCUCCCCCUGCUGGAUGAUCCACAGCUGGUCUCAGGAGCGCUGAUAGAUGUGGCUAAACAUCUGGGCAACCUGACCUACAACAUCUGGAACAAGAUGAAGGGGAUGGUCUCCUACACUCCUGUGAUCCUGGAUCCAAACACAGCUGAACCACACCUCAUCCUGUCUGCAGAUCUGACCAGUGUGAGUCUCAGAGAGAGGCAGCAGCUUCCCGACACUCCGGAGAGGUUUGACGACUAUCCGAUCGUCCUGGGCUCCGAGGGCUUCGACUCGGGGACUCACAGCUGGGACGUUGAAGUUGGAGACAGUCCAAACUGGCUGGUUGGUGUUGCUGAAGAAUCAGUUAGAAGGAAGGGACAAACAGACUUUAAGUCUGGGUUGUGGGCAGUGUGGUUCAGUAAGGGCAGUUAUUUCAUACGUUCCCCUCUGGAUUCGUCCUCUUUCCAUCCUGAGAAAAAGCUGCAGAGGAUCCGAGUUCAGCUGGACUGGGAAAACGGAAAGCUGUCGUUCUCGGAUCCUGACAGUAACAUUCACACCUUCACACACGCUUUCACUCUGAAACUCUUUCCAUUCAUUUACACCAAGAACAAACGCCCACUGAAAAUAUUACCACCGGUGUGUGACGAUGAUGCUGACAAUGAUGGUGAAGGUGAUUCUGAUGAAGGUGGGGAAACUGUUAAUGUCAAUUUUGAUGAUCGUGAUGAUGAUGAUGAUGAUGAUGGUGAUAACUAAUGCAUUAGAGUGUAGAUGAACUAAAAACAGUGUUCUUGUUUGAUUAAAAUA